AAAAAAGCCACAAUAAUUGUUGUGUAGGGCGUCACGGUUGCGCAGUGGGAAGCACAAUCUCCUCACAGCAAGAAGGUUGCUGGUUCAAGCCUCGGCUGGGUCAGUUGGCAUCUCUGUGUGGAGUUUGCAUGUUCUCUGUGUUCGUCUAGGUGCUCCAGUUUCCCCCACAAGUCCAAAGACAUGUGGUACAGGGGAAUUGGGUAAGCUACAUUGUCAUUAGGGUAUUUGUCUGAAUGAGAGUGUAUGGGUGUUUCCCAGUGAUGGGUUGCAGCUGGAAGGGCAUCUGCUGCGUAAAACAUGUGCUGGAUAAGUUGGCGGUUCAUUCCGCUGUGACGACCCCUGAAUAAUAAAGGGACUAAGCUGAAAAGAAAAUGAAUGAAUGAAUAAUUGUGUAAUAAUCGCUUUAGUAAUUACUACAUGUAAACUUGGAGUAGUGACAGAAUGUGUGCUUUAUAUAUUGAAUUUGAAUAUAUUUCCUAUUAAAUAAGUUUACUCUGAAAGCAGCUUACAGAACACAAUAUACCUAGAUGGGUAUAUAAUUAUGUUUUAGGUAAUUAAGACUUGUGGCGCUGCGUAUUGAUGGAUUUGCUUUUCAGUGUUUGGACUUUUGGCAGUGAAAAUUAAACCACACUGAACUGAACUAAACUGAACUUCAAGUCUGAAAACUGGACUGACAGCUUCAAUUUACUAGAACUUCUAUGUUAAGCUGCUUUGACACAAUCUACAUUGUAAAAGCGCUAUAAAAUAAACAAGAAUUGAAUUGAAUUAGUUUAAUAAUGUCCCUUAGGUAGAUGUAAAAAGAUGAUUUCCAAAGUUCACCAUUUGUUGGGCAUUUUAGAAAUAAACUCAUGUUAUCAGCGGUACUGAUCGAACAUGUUUAUAUGCGAUAACCUUGAGAACAAACUCCGCUUAGAAAUGGGUAAAUAAAUUCUGCUUGAGGCCACUGUCUGCCCAGCUGUAUCUCUUUUCCCUCAGGGCCCGGGAUGCCCAAGGAACCGAGAGGUGAUGCUCAAGGGUGUGUAGGGGAGAGGGAACGCACAUCCCGUCCAGCCAGUAAAAAUGCUAAGGACAAAAGUAACAGUGCUGCCCUUUUGGCUUCAAGAGCUAGAGCACACACUGGACAGGAAUCAAAUGGACGUGGCUCCCGCUGCUCUGAGAAAGACUCUGGUUACUCGGACACUGGCUCAGACUCUUUGCAGACAGAUGCAGAUGACCGGCAGAGCAGUGCGAGCGAGCCUCAGAACCACAAGGGAUCCCUACAUGGAAACCACAUAUUGGUAUCUGGGACCCCUGAACUCACCCCUAUAUUCAUUAUUAAGGAUGUUGUGCUGAAGCAGCCUGGGCAGUCUGGUCAGGACCACGUCCUCCCUUCAUCUCUGUCGUGGGGUGGAGGUGCUGCAGGCGGUCAAGCUCCCACCCAUGUCCUUUUGCUGCAACAGCCUGGCAUCAAUCAGAGCUCCCCGUUGCACAUCCUCAAACCACAGCCACAGAGAUCUGAAAGCAAGAAUGUAAAGAAGAGCAAAAACACUUACCUCCCCAUCCUAAACUCCUACCCUCGAAUUGCGCCUCACCCUAGUAAGAAAGGCACAGAAAAACCUACAACAAAUCGGGGAAGUAACACAGAGGAGCACAGCCUGAGUAAGCGAGUAUGCACAGAGGAGAAAAGAGAGAAGGUGUCCACAACCAUGCAAGCAUCCAAGCAACACCUGCACAAACAACCAGUAAACAACUUGCUUUUAAACUCUCAUUCCCUCUCAAGGUCACUUUCUGCAGGCCAUGAGACAUCUGAUACUCACAAGAACCGGAGUCCGUACCGCCCAUCUAGUCCCUCUGCCUCCCUCAGUGUGAGCUCUCCGUCAGUUUCAAGUACUCAAAUUCCUUCCCCACCUUCUUCCAUUGAUCUAAUUCAAACCAGAAAAGAACCCCAUAAGCAUUGUCCAGGACAGAAAAGUGACUCUGGCAAAGGGUCACACACCUCCAAAGGGACAGCACGGCACCGCCGCUUCCUCAACACAGUGGAGAUUCUGAGCCAGUCUGGGCUGCUGGACAUCACCUUAAGGACGCAGGAUCUGCUACGGCAAAAUGCUGCCACAGAGCGAGACAUAGCCCAGCUUCGCCAACAUGCCCAACUGCUUUUCCAGGCUGCCCAAGCAGGUGUUGAUGCACCGGCUGCCUGGGAGAAGCUUCAGCAGGUCAUGUCUGAGUCUGGGCAUUAUCCCAGCCUCAAGUGCCUACCCACAGACAGCAGCGAUGGAGGGGACAGGUCUCACUCAAAGGUGGAAGUUGAGGCAGCCACAAGUACCAAACCUGAUAGUCCAUUGGUAUACGGAUACAGACUUAACAGGACUGAAGUGGUUGCGCCCCCAUCUCCUCUGCUAGCUCCCAUGACAGAUGCAGAAUGUCAAUCAACAGGUCAAUAUGAUCGUCCCAAUGAUAGCACCAACAUUUCUGAGCAAAUCAGAGCCCAUAGAGGAAUUUAUAGUCUACCGGAUGAUCCCCUUAUGCCUCCAGACAGCUCCACACAUGGGAACCUGCUUUAGACUGCUCCCAGAAAUCAGCAAGGAAGACUUCACAAUACUUUCACGAACAUCUCAAACAUACAGUCAGAUGUUACAUCAUUGUCCUAUGACUGGGUGUUUCCAUGGCAAAUCAGUGCUAUGCUCAAGGACAGCAGAUCAACUGUGCUGUGUGCCAUCUUCAUGGGUCAUGUUUCUACUCAUCUUAAUCAGCAAUCACUUAAAGUGUCUGAUGAGACAUAUGCAGAAUUUAACGCACAUCCCAUGUACUGCCAUUUGUUAGUUUUCUCUCGGACAUGGUAAUCUAUGUCAGCUGUCUUGCCCCAUAACCGAAUCGUUACGUUUGUAACACUUGAUGCAUAGUUGAUCACAGAGUAAUCGAACAUGAUGUUAUGUUUCCAGACAAAUUGACGAGUUUGAAAUUGCUGCCACAGUGAGUAGCAUGUAGUUUCCUUUUUGAGGAAUAAGUUCAUCUUGGGAAUUAUAUUUUGCAUAAAUGCAUUAUUUGUGAUGAGAUCCCCUCUCUAUACAAGACUUGUCAAGUAAAGAGCAAAAGCAUGAUGAUCUGAAAGUCAAAGCUUUGAGAGAACUGUUGUCGCUCUUAUUUAGGUCCAUGAAGCUUAUGCUCUUCUAUGCAGUACUCGCUUCAUUAAUCUCAUUACAUUAAUCGGCUUGCUUUAAGUCUUCAUUUUUGACCAUGGACCAAGACACCCAUUACUCAAGCCUUUCGAUUGGUCAAACUUAAAUAUUUAUGUGAGCUGUGUUUUUUUUUUUCCUUUUUAAUCACAGAUCAUUAUGAUGUCUUGUGAGUUUUCUUGUGUUAAUGUUUUGUGUCAGCCUUAAUGUAUUCUGAAACAUCUUUACUUUCCCCCCCAAUUUUAUGUACUUUUCCAAGCUGUUUGGCACAUUUGAUACCCUCGACAUGACACUAAUUUACUAUUAUUUGAUGUUGUUGUGAUGCUAUAUUUCCUUUUAUUUGCUUGCCGAGAAUUUUUAAGGAAUCACUUGUUUAAUUCACACACACAAAAUGUUGUAGGCAAUGUGAUUAUGCAUACAGAGUUUAGUACUUUAUGCUUGGGUUAAAACAUUUUGUGUUUCUAUACCAAUCACAAAUUUUCCUCUUAAAUCAGUACACAAAAUUAAACAAAACCACUUUAGAUUUGACCUGAUUCUUUUUCUAACUUUGGGUUCUUCAUUUUGUUUCUUCAACUUUUUCUCCUUAUUUUUCUUUCUCUAGAUAUUGAUGGUGCAUUGUACACAUGGUGCAUUGUGAGUCCAAAUAAAUGGCAGUCCAAUAGAGAUGUUCUGGGUUUGAUGGCUAAGUGAAGCAGAUCAUGAGUUUGUGUAUGAAAUGAAUGGCAGGCUUUGACGUGACUGAUAUUUGUGCUUCCUCAUGUAGCAGCAUGAGUAUGUGAUGCAAUUUUAAUGCAUCUAAAGAAUGUAUAAGUGUGUGUUCUGACAUGAGAUCUGUAACAUAAGAUUAAAGUAUGUACGUGUGUAUGA